AUGACGAGCAAUAACGAGGAUUCCUCUUUUCCAGCCGCUCACCAGAAGGAAGGCCACGCCGUGCACCUCGAAAUGUCGCAAAAAGGUGACCCAGUUGAUUCGGAGCUCGACCUUUCGCCUGAAGAGCACGGCAAGACCUUUCGCAAGGUCGACUUUCGUCUGAUGCCGAUGCUCAUGGCGCUCUACUUGAUUGCGAAUCUGGAUAGGGCGAAUCUCGGCAACGCAAAAAUCGAAGGCCUCGAGGCUGACCUCAACAUGACAGGAAAUGACUACAACAUCGCCAACAUGAUGUUCUUUGUUCCAUAUAUUCUGUGCGAGGUGCCGGCCAACUCGCUCCUUAUCAAGUUCAGCAAGCCCUCCACCUGGAUCGGUCUUAUCGUCACAGCAUGGGGGAUCGUCAUGACCUGCAGUGGCUUCUGCCAGAACUUUGGUGGUCUGGUCGGCUGCCGUGUGCUUCUGGGCGUGUUUGAAGCUGGAUUCUUCCCGGGCGCCGUGUACCUCCUGAGCCAGUGGUAUCCUCCCCACAUGACCCAAUUUCGCAUGUCUCUGUUGUACUGUGCUGCAGCCAUGUCUGGCGCCUUCUCAGGCCUUUUGGCCGCCGCCAUCGCCAAAAUGUCCGGCCUCGGCGGCUACAAUGGCUGGCGAUGGAUCUUCCUCCUGGAAGGUGCGCUUACCGUCCUCCUGGGCGUGGCCUCGUUUUGGAUUCUUCCCGACUCUCCAUCACAUUCCUCGCGGUGGCUCUCCGACCGGGAAAUUGGCUACCUCAACGCAUUAUAUCGAAAGUAUCGAGGAGUCCACACACAGCAGAAUCACCUCGAGGAGUCCCCCACAAAGCAGCAAAAGUGGAAGGUCGUGUAUUCUGUCCUGACCGACUGGCAAAUCUACCUACAGGGUCUUAUCUUUAUGUCCAGCUCAGUUCCUACCUACGCGCUCAAGUUCACGCUGCCCCAGAUCAUGGUCAAUAUGGGAUUUAGCAGCACCAAUGCACAGCUGCUGUCUGCGCCUCCGUAUGUUGCCGGUGCCAUCUCCGCCAUUGUCGUCGCUACGUUUGCAGACAGGGUGUCCUGGCGACUGCCAUUCAUCGUCGGCCCACAGUUAUGCCUUAUGAUGGCCUACGCCGUUCUCUUCUCCUUCAGCGCCAACAUUUCCUCCCACGUCGCCCUCUGCUACACAUUCGUUCACGUCGCGACCAUCUCAGUAUAUCCCAUCGUACCCGGAGCGAAUACAUGGACUCUCAACAACCUCGCCGGCCAGACCAAGCGAGCGAUGGGAAUCGCUCUCAUGAUCGCAGUCGGCAACACCGGCGGGAUCAUCGGAAGUCUCAUCUUCGUCGCGGAGGAGAAACCUCGCUACCAGACCGGAUGGGGAACGAGUUUGGGAUUCAUUUGUGCCGGUGCUGUGUCGGCCACGACACUUGAGAUUGUAUACAAGCUCAUCAAUAAGAGGAGGGAUCGCAAGACGCGCGAGGAGAUUGAGGCUACCUACACGGCGGCCCAGUUGGAUGCGAUGGGGGAUCGGAGUCCGUUGUUCCGCUAUUCUCUCUAA